AUGCAAGUCCGUCCAGGCACUGAUUCCGCAACGUCUCCAGUUCUGGUUUCGGAGAAAUUUGUCUCGAGUACCGGAGAAUCUUUGGAGAAAAAGCGCUCCCUGAUCGCCCCCACACUGGAGACCAUCUCAACAAGCCAGACUAAGCCUGGGGCAGACGAACAAACGUACACUACUGGUCGUUGUGAAUCGAAGUCUUUCAAGGAGUCCGUUGGUCUAGGCUCGCUCAUCAGCCUCGUCGGAGGCUCGCUCGGCAUCCUAGGUGUACUCGGUUUCAUCAUCUUCCUCUGGUUUGGGUACGGGCAGGCUCCUGAAGCAACAAAGGCCACAUGGAUCUGGCGCCAGCUCGCUAUCCGCGGCUGGAUGUCUCGCGCAAUCACCCUCGCUGCACUUGUUCUCCAGCUCAUCAUCGAUACCCAGGUCGCUGUCUGCACGUCCAUGAUCGCAGCACUGCUGCUGGAGCGGUGCUCUGGAAGCCUCAUCGCCAACGCGCCCACUUAUCCAGUGUUUGGCGAGGUCGCCACUGGGUACGAGGCCAGUCCAGACGCUUAUGGAUUUAGCGAUACUGGCUUAAAACAGAGAGGACUUCUUCCACUGGUCGGGUCUCAGAACCGAACAUCCGUACGCCAGUAUUCGGGAAAUGCCAUGGUCUUGAACUCGAGGGCAGCCUGUAUGCGGCCCGCAUUGGUCAGUAGCCAGUACAGCACGACCGCGUACGAAGGGUCGUUUGGGGGACUGGACGGCAUGUUGAAUUACAGCCAAGCAAUUGCACGAGGCGCAUCCCGGAGCCAACAUAUCUUGUCUCUCCUCCGAGGACUGCGAGCAAAUACCGUUCCACUGCAUUCUGUCGGCGACAACGAAACUGAUCAAUGGAGCUCUCUGGAAUCGGAAGGUGCCUUACCUCCAGGCCAGCCUCUGGAAAACACCGAAUGGCUCUCCUACGAGAUACUUCCCCGGUAUUUUAUCAAUAUCUCCAUGUGUUUUACGUCCUUCAACAUUGAGCACCGUCAAGUCCAGAUGGUUGCCCAAGGAAGCACGCGAGAGCCGUCAGCUCACUGGUCUCUGAUGUAUGAUGCCGGCAACACGGACGACAUUCAACUUUACAUCGGUGCGGACGGCGAACGCCAAGAAAUAUCUGACCGUCAAAUCCUUGAGCUUCAGUUGCCAGACUACAGCAAUAGCAACAGCACAGCGAUAGGUCUGCCGCCCCCUCUGAAUGACCUCCUUGAGCUGCCCACCGACGAAAUACCGCCCGGCGACCUAACUGCUGGCUCCAUACAGCUGGAGAUGGAAUACGAGUUCAGCGGUGGCAACACGCCCAACACGACUUUCGUGGUUUGCAACUGGUGUACGAAAGACGGCCAACCGGCACACCCUGAGUACGCACUGCUGUUCACUGGCAUCCUCGCCUCGUCGCCGGGAGGCGGGCGGCCUGCAGACGCGCUGGACGCAUUUUUGAGCAUCGGAGGCUUCAGUGCGUACAACCAAUUCCUGCUUGACUCGAUGGACAUAUCCGAGAAUGUGACAAUGGUUACGACCUUCGCAGCCAUGACGCCCGGGCCCUGUUCAUCGGUCGGCAUGUGCGGUGGUUUCGUCUCAGUUAUAACUCUCCUGGUAGUAUACUUGGCGCUCGUUGGAAUUAUUGUGGCUAUUUUCAUUGGGAAUACGCGAUUAUCGAGGUGUGGAAAUGUUUGGAACACCAUCUCGCAGCUUGUGGCCUUCGAGGAGCUGGGUCAGAUACUGGACCUGGGAAAUGAUGCUGGGGACAAGUCUAUCGCCAGGGCCGUGCAGAAUGCUAAACCAAGCCGAGAUAUACUCGUUAAGCUGGGUAGGAAUAGCCAGAGCGGAUGUAACAAGGCGGAGCCUGAAAGUUUAAGCGCAUACUAA